ACACAAUAAACGGGCCAAUCUCAAUCCUAUUAUUCUAAAUGGCCCCUAAACCCAACUGUUAUUUCUAGUUUUGGCCCAGCAUAUGCGAUAUUUUUAUACUAUAUAUUAGAUUUUUCACUCUAAAUUUAGGUUACUAUCUACUCGAUGGUAACUUGUAAACAUAACAUUCCACUUUUAGAUUCGAUUGGAAUGAUCUUCUAUUUCGUUUAGUAUCUUCAUUCGAUGACAGACACACAUGUUACCAUUUACAAUUACCAAACGCGAAUGUGGUGUGCGUACAAAACCUAUGUAUAUUCGGUCAUUACUUAAGCAAAUUUUAAAAGUUUUACGAUAAAAUAACAAAAUAUUAAUUGAGAUGUAUUUUGGGUGGUCUAGACGAAUAGGAGGAUAUAAGAACAUGUGCAUGCACGUUGAGCUUAUAUACAUACAACGUGCUAACACGCGAUCAAUCUCGACCACUAAACUUUCCAUCAUGGCUAGCUAUAGUUCAUAUAUAUGUAAACCUACCUUCAUUAGUUAGGUACUUUUCACGUUACCUAGUCAUUCAUAAACUAUAAUGCAUGUUGUUCAAAAAAAAAAAGUCAUUCAUAAACUAUAUACUCAUACGCAGAUCAAUCAUAUGUUUAGUUAAUGUUAAGCUAAUUCUCUCAAUUAUUAAGUUCAAUGUUUCGUGUUGACGGCGAUGGGAGAUAUAUACAUUGAAUCUAAUAGUCUCCGAGGAUGUCUGAUCAUCAUCGCUCCACGAAUCUGCUUCUUCUUUCUUCCCUUUUUAAAAAUAAAAAACACAUGACGAGCGAAGAACAUAAUCUUUUAAGAUGCUCCAAUCAAAUCCACUCACGAAAAUAAAAUUCUUAAAUGAGAAUUCCACAAAUUCAAAGAAACAUUGAAGAUAUCGCAUGUUCUUAUGUCUUUUAAAAUUAAAACCUUAACCCAAUCCUCAACAUCGUUAUCUACUUUGUCUAGAAAAAUAAAACACCUAAAACUGCUCGUGAGUGCUUUUGUAAUUGUAGCAUUAGUUUAUUUUUAUUUGUUAUUUAGUUGUGCCGGCUUAUAUCAGCUGGAAAUAACGAGAUACAAAGAGCUCAAUAAAAGCAAAAGCAUCAAGACAACCAAUUAGCCAUAUUUUAUCAUAUCUGUCAAAAUGGAUAUGAAUUCAAACUAUGUGCAUCGUAGCAAAAUCAAAACGAUCGAUGUGUGUUUCUGAAAUCGUUUAUGCAUCAGAAAAUAUAUACAUACACAAAAUUCAUAUAAUAUAUUGACAUUUUCAUCUUAUCAAGCACCACCUUCUUAAUACACAUGGACUGCGUGUAAAUUAGAUAAGUAUUUAAUAUACAAAGAAUAAAGCAUAAAGAUAAUUACAUUCUUAUUGUUUUUUUCCGUUACAUUAUUAUCGUUGAUUCGCCGACUUUGGUAAACUCGAACUAAUUGGUCGCAAAAUUAAAAUAUUAUAAAGAACAAAGGAGGAAUAGGACAGGGUGUUUAUGGUGAUGUGAAUGGGAAGAAAGUUGGUGUUUUAAGCAUGUAGGAGGGUUGGGUGGUGAUGACAAUCAUGUGAGUGCAUGUGCAUCGCGUUGUAUUUUGGUGACAUUUACUCAGCUAAACUCUAAUUAUCCAUACAUAUUAACAUUUAAAAACUCAAUAACAAAAACAUCAUUGUGGACACUUGUCCAAAUAUCAUCCAAUCCUUUUGGGAUAGAAAAGAGAACCUUCUCAGAAGCUGACCUCCGUUUAGAGUUAUAUCUAAAGAUCACUGACCUUUAUCUAUGUCUAUAUAAACGAAGGCCAUCUCAUAUAUGCAUCAUACUAGAAAAUUUUUAUGGAGUUAUUAUCCCUUGUCUAGACAACAUUCUUUCAUCACAUUACAUCAACCAAAAGAACAUUCUUACAUCAUUUACAAUAAUGGGAGUAACCUUAGAAGGUCAAAGAAAGGAAUCAGUUUGGGUGUCGAUGAGAAGACAAAGAGCACGAAGGGCCCUUGUGAAGAAGAUCAUGAUCCGACCGAAAAAGAAUCUAGAGGCUUCUAGAAGACCAUGUCGUGCGAUUCAUAAACGAGUCAAGACGCUGAAAGAGCUUGUUCCGAACACCAAAUCAUCAGAAGGUUUGGAUGGACUCUUUAGACAGACGGCAGAUUAUAUUUUGGCUUUGGAAAUGAAAGUGAGAGUUAUGCAGACAAUGGUUCAGGUUUUGACCGAAACUGAUUGUAUGUAAUCACCUCAAUAUAUUUUUGUAAAUCUUGCUGGUUUAAAAAAAAUCUUAUUAUUAAUAUAAUAAGUGCUUUUUGUUUUUAUUUGUU